AUGGUAAACACAAUGAAUACCAGUAGCGACUAUAAUGAUCUGAUCGACAACAACCAGUGUGUCAUUGAUGCGCGAAGUGAAAAUCUCACGGAUUUCUACACGGAACCAGGUACACGAGACCAUCUUUACGAUUCCCAACAUAUAUUGCUAACUCGUAUAAUUCCAGCUACGAUUACAUGUCCGUUUGGUAUCAUACUCAACUGUCUGUUUCUCUACGUAGUAUUCAAAGUGUCAGCCAUGCGUACAUUGACUAAUAUGUAUCUAUCGAACCAAGCCAUCGUAGACUGUAUGUUCCUUAGCGUAUACUAUAUAGUGCAAGUCGGUGAACCGUUGUCAACUGAUGUUGUACACGAUAAAAGUUUCCUAGGACCGGUUGGAUGUUUUAUUGUGAACAUAGCUCUAGAUAUUUGUCUUUUCGUCUCCGAGUUUAACAUCGUGUUGGUGACCUUCGAACGAAACAUGGCAAUUUGUAAACCGUUUAAAUCAGAUAGAAUCAGUUCCAAGUCUCGCACAUUCAAACUCAUAAUUUUUACGUGGAUCAUGGGUCUUGUUUUCUCCGCUCCGAUCUUUAGAUUUUAUACUAAUUGGCAUACCACGUGUAUUUUGUGGCCGCCGAGUAACGAGACAAUUUCACAUCAGAUGUCAUAUUCAAAUUGUUUUACCGUUGUGUUGACUCCGGUUGAUGGAAUAUUAUACAGUCUGACGCCGAUAGCUGCAUUUUUUUUAGUGAUCGUGAUUAUUGUCGUGCUUAACGUGUUAACGAUAAAAGAACUGCAAAGAGGAGUGCGGAAAUAUUCAGUCAGCGCCCACGAUUUGAAACAGAGGCUUCAUCAGCAACGGCAGAUAGUGGUUAUGUUAGCGGUGACGGCGGGUGCCUUAUUCGUGUGUCUAUUGCCGUAUCAUUUAGACCUGGUAAUCGGCUACUUAUACAACAUAACACAUCCAAACAGUGUGAUCGCCAUGCCCCAGGCAUGGAAUGAACUGGUUCGGUGGCUGCCGAUGGUGAAUUCAUCAAUCAAUCCCAUUAUUUAUGGCAUAUUGAAUAAACAGUACAGAAGUGCGUUCAUCGCAACUCUUCGGUGUUGCGACAAUCGUCGAGACAAGAACAAUCAAAAUGAUUAUAUGAUGACAUCUGUGACCACUUGCUCCACCAGAAAAAGGUCGGAAACAAAUGAGGUGACCUACAAUUUAAAGUCGAACUCACGGAAUCAUUCGCUAGAACUAAACACUCGAUCUGGUUUAUUAUAUGGGUAA